CGGGGGUAAAUAUAAAUUAAAUAUAAAAAAUCGCUCGCCGAGUUCGCAUCGCUGCCGGUCGACUGUCGGACAAAAUACGAAAAAGUAGCGACGAAAGAAGAACAGUCGGUGUGUGUAUGUGUGCUGGUCUGGUAGAAAAAAAUCUGGUAGAAAUUCGCGUUUAAUUGUUCGCUCUUAACGUGUAUCUUUAUCUUUUCGACGCGCAAUAUGAUUAUACAGUUAGAGUAUCUGCGACAACCACCAGCCGCCGUCACUCUCUCCCGCAGAAAAUAACAACAAAUGUGAACCCAAAAAAAACAAAAAAAAACAGCAGCAGCAGCUAACAAAAUAAUAAACACAAAUCUUCAACUACACGCCACAUGCAUCAGCAACAACAACAACAGCAACAACAAUAUCAACACACACACACACACACAUAGCCAGCGUUCCUGUACUCUCAGCAUUCCUAAUCGCCGCAAUAUAUAAAAAAUAAAAAUAAAAAACACAAAGCUAAUGCAAAAAAAAUAAAUAACAAAUAAAUUGAAGGAGAAAUUGGUAAUGUCACAAAUACCAAAAAAAAUCAAAUUAAAUUGUAAAUAAUAUUUGUGUUGCCUAGAAAAAUUCGCCUAUUACGAGAAAAGUUAUCCAAAAGUGUCACGAAAAGUGUUUCUGCAAAAUAGGCCUAAAGUUUAAAUAAAAAAAUAUAAAAAUAUUUAGGAAAUUUAAACCAAAACGCACACAGAGCCCUUAGAAAGUAGCGGAAUUCCUAAAUCAAUUCUAAUCUAAAAUCUAAAUGAUAGUUUAAAAAAAAGUAAACAAAUCAAAAUAAAAACGAAAAGAAAAAUUGCAAAAGCCCGUCCCUUGUUGCUAAUCGCCAUUAGUUUAUCCGUGUGCUUAGCCUGCGGCAGUGUGUUGGUGGCAGCAAUUGCCCUUCGCCGCAACGCAGCAGCAGCAGGAGCAGCAGCAGCAGCAACAACGCCCAGGAUACGACAUCAGAAGCGUCGCUCGUCGCAACGACGGCGGAGCAACAACAACGCAGUGCUGCCCUGUGGGAUUGGGAUUGGGAUUGGGAUCGGGAUUGGAGUGGAAAACGAUUCGGCUCUGGCCCUGCCAGUAGCAACCUCAACAUCGGGCUCCACAGCAGCGGAUCAUCAUCAGACAGCAGCAGUAGCAGCAGCAUCACUAGCAGUUGCUACUGCAACAGUAUCGCCAGCAGCAGCACCAGCAGCAACAACAACAACAAAACUUUUGCCAACCGAGCCGGAACAUUCUGUACCCAUGCUAUCGGUACAGACGGCCGGCUGCGCGGGAAUGGAGCGGCUCGGCGUUCCGACCCGCACAUCGUUAAGCACACCACCUGAUGAUAGGGAUCAGUUUAGACGUAGAAUGCGCGUGGAUGCGCUCCAGGCACGUGAGCUCCUGGCUGUACGUGGCGAGACUGUGAUUCGUGGCGCCGGCAAUAACCAACUCCAGCAUCAACAGCAACACCAUCUCCAUCACAGCAGCAACAGCAGCAGUGGCGGCAGCGGCAACAAUAAGCAACAACAUUCCCACCAACAGCAACAACGCAUGACAACUCCAAGCACGCACAGCUCCGGCGGCAGUGGCAGUGGCAGCGGCGGCAACCGAGGUGGCACUGACCACCAACAACUGAACAACAAUAGUAUUAGCAGUAAUGUGGCACGCGGUGGUAUUGAGGCCACCACCCUCAAAUACGGCAACACGGGCAGUGGGAGUGGCAGCGGGAGCGGUAGUGGCUGUUACAAGGGCGACUGCGGCAACUCCUCGAGCGGAUCCACAUGCAGCUCGCUGCAGAGCCACAGCAACGACCACCAUCAACAUUACCAGUACCAGCUGCAACAGCAGCAGACGCCUCGCUGCCCGCACCAUGUACCACUGCCGGACAGCGAAUACGGACAGGAUAGGCACCUGCAGAUCAGGAGUAGCUAUCAGCAAUCGGAGAUCACCAGGUCGUACACGAAACCGCCGCCAAACAAAACGGUGCGGGAUGUGCCCGAGCAGAUCUCAGCAGGCGGCUGUGGGUUCUCCAGCUCCAGCUACCGUCUUACCACGCUCCAGGCCGCCUCCUCAACGUACUCGCCGUCUGGUGCGGCGGUGACCGCAUCCUCCUCGUCGUCCAGCAAGUCCAAGCCCAAUGCCAUAUCCAAAUUCUUCUCGCGCAUCAGCUCACCAAAGUCGCCGCCAAACUGUUCGCUAUCCUCGGUGGCGUCCUCUCAGUCAGCCUCCGCCUCCUCCGUGUCCAUGUCGUCGUCUGCCUCAUCGCUGGCCUCCUCCGCCUGCGUUUCGACCUCCUCAUCGGCCUCGUCCCUGGCGGCCGUGCCGCUUUGUCCACUGCCCGUUUCCAAUGCCGCGCUGCUAAAGAGCACGGCGUGCGGUUAUGGCACCAAUCCGAGUGGAGCGCAUAUCUAUGCGGGCCUGGGACCGAGCACUCAGCUGCUGACCAGCUUGGGAACGGGCGGAGCGACGGCGGGAGCGGUGUCGAGUGGAAAUUGUAGCCCGGAAAGAAUACCCACGCCUCCGCUGUCCGUAUCUGUGCCGAUUGGAGCUGGCCUACAGCCGCUGAGGAGUAGCAGCAGCGCCAGUCUACCCGCCGAUACAACUGCAGCAACAGCCACACAGUCUUCCUCAGCAGAUCACGCUGCCCCGCUGACCACGAUGAGCCGCAAUAAUUCCAACUCUAGCAUGAUGAGCUGCCACUGCAGCUGCAAUAGCCGGAAUUGCAGUCACUGUGGAGCCGCCUCAUAACUGAGCUCGUGUUAAGUUUAACUAAUUAACUAUGUACGUCGGAGGCGUCACAAAAACAAAGAUAUUUUGUGGUUGGCUGAUGAUGUGUAAUACAUAUAAUAUAUACACAAAUAUUUUUUUUAUGUUAGCCUAUGUUUAUCUAUAUUAUGUUAAAGUUUAACAGAUUUAUUUUGUGUAGGUCUGUCGCCAACUUUUGCGCUGGUACGAAAAGACUGUUUAUUAGUCAGAAUUUAAUUUGUAAAUUUUUUGAGUAAAACGAGAAAGCUAGAGAAUGUAAUAAAGGAAAUUAAGGACGAGAAGACAUACAUACAUAGCUGCGCUGCCGCCUUUUAGCACUCAACACAGACCAUAGACGGUUUUAUUUAGUUUUUAUUUUUAUAAUAUCAUUUCCAUUCGCCACUUGCUAAUCGCAAAAAUAAAACAAAAUUGUAUAAAUGAAACACAAUAAAAAGAAAACAAACUUGAAAGAGA